AUGGAUUCACUGCAUCGUCUGGGUUUGAGUGAAACUGCUUCCAGUGCGUCACUGCGAAAGAUCCAAAACCACUUGUCCACGUUGGAACAAUCGAAGCAUCAACUCACCAGUCUGCGGAACACAGCGCGAAUUUUGUGUGACCGUCUAUCCCAACAACUUGAGGAGUGCAAAGCAAGAGGACAAGAGCAACAAAAGCCACAAGUCCAGCUUCGAACGUAUUUGCAUGUGAUACAGACCAGUCUUUCUCGUGUGGAACGUGCAUCUCAAAGUUCGACGGCUCUCGCGUCGGAGAAGAAGGCGGAAUUUGAGUCCAGUUUAGCGAAGUUUAGGUUGUUCCGAUUAAUCUCCGAUCUGGAGACCUGGAUCAACGAAAAGGCCAAAGUGGCUACUGUUCAAGAGGUGGGCACAGAUAUCGAUCAUUGUUGCCUGCUACGUGAGAAGUUCUUCAACUUCAUCAAAGUAACCGCCCCAGAUGGCACGGCUCGUGUUGUAUCAGUCAACGAUCAGUGUGAUCGGUUCCUCUCGAUGGGGCACCCUGAUGCAGCUGAGAUCGCAUCCGCCAAAGAUUCUUUGAAUGAUUCAUGGGCUGACUUGUUGGAAUUGAUAGAAACAAGAAAGCAACUGCUAAACGCUGCCUACGAAAUGCAUCACUUCGUUGGCGACUGUCAGGAUAUCGAAGAGCGAAUUCUUUUCCGCAUAAACAAUCUACCGGAAGCGCCACCACCGGCUGUUAUCUCUGGCCAAAAGCAAGGUCUGUCGGCUUGCCAUCGACGGCAUGCAGCUUUCGAGCAAGAGUUGGAGUGUCUCACCGACCAGAUCACCCGACUGGCUUCCAAAGCGAGUACACUGUUUGUGCGUUAUGCAGGCUCGCAGAUGGAACAGCUGCAGUCUCGGCACAAUCGAGUUCAAGAGGCAUGGCAGCAAUUGCGUACUGUCGCCGCGUCACGCAGCGAGCUGUUGCGUACUGCAAGUCUUCUUCACACGUUCCUCGUGACUGCUCGCGAGUUAAUAUUUUGGCUCGAAUCUGUGCGCGAUCAAAUGGAUAUGAAGGAAAAGCCGAGAGACGUAACUGGAGUGGAACUGCUUGUUCAAGAACACUCAAAUCUCCGUGAUGAACUCGUCACACGUACGCAAGCCAUUGACUCAUGCUUGCAACUGGGACGAACACUCCUUCAAAACGACUCCGGCUCUGGAACCUCCCCACUCAUUGUGGUGCUGCCCAAUGAUGAAGUUCGCGAGCGAUGCGUUCAGUUAGCUACCGGGCAAUUACUUGUCCAGGAGUUAUGGCGAGAGCGAUGGGACCGAUUGCAUCUCCUACUAGAAGUGCGUCAGUUUGCACGGGAUGCAACCAGUGCUGAGGCUUGGUUGGCUUCCAGAGAACUGCAGCUGGAAAUCGCCAGACGUCAACUAGGCGAGACACUGUCCGAAACGCUCAUGCUUUUGGGAGCCCAUUAUGCUUUCGAACAAACAAUCGCGGUGGCAAACGAGCGUUUUGGUGCCUUAAAAAGGUUAACAACGUUGGAAGUACGCGCAAUGGAGUGGAAGUCAGAAGAGGCUGCAAUUCGUGAGCAGGAGAAAAGGGAUAAGAUCCGAGAAGUUGUUAAAGAGUUUUUACCUCAGUAUAUCAGGCAGACAGCAGCAGAUUCGUCCGUUCCCCGUGGGGCCACAGAAGACACUGCUGGAAAGUCUCGAAUCAGAGCUACAGCUACUUUGCCAACGAAACCUAGGCAAGCCAAAUCGACAGAGAAGCCGGAGAGAGCUGAAACUGAGAGACAAGUAACCGCAGUGGUCAGCCGACCAGAGGGUGAAAUCGCAACGACGAGAGCUCGACCUGCGUUGAAUUUGGCUGUCCAACCUGGGGACAAGCCAACAGUUGAUCGAAAGGUUAGCACGACUCAGAUAAUUUUGCAGAAGACCAAGGAUCACCCGCAAACCAUUGCCGACAGUGGGCAGGUGAUUAAAUCUACCUUGAUAUCAGUGCCUGCAGACGUCUACUCACAUCCAGGCGGUGAUAACAUUCCGAAGAGGCAAUCAUUUCAAAUCGAUCCCAAAUACACCGAUGCGUCAAAGAUAACUUACAUACCUACACCAGGACCGUCCGUCCAGCGAAAAACAUCUCAUUUGAGGCCUGCGGUUAUUCAAGAACCGUCAUCCACGCACUCCGAACAAGCGAAGGGAGUACCUUCGCGAACAGAGACAGCAUCCAGUAGAACGCAGAGUGAAUCGUCCGUUGAAAGUGCCUCAUCCGCUUCUACAUCAGCUCCGAGAGCAAGUACCUCAAGUAAGAGCGCGGCCUCUGCCGGUGAAAAGCGUCGGGAGCUGACCUCGCCUGUCCUUGCCACAUCUUCUCCAGUCUCUAGAUCUACCGGAACUUCUCAAUCUCCAGUUGAGAGCUUGGAGCAUGGUUCGCAUCUUAUGGCUUCAUCGAGCCAACUGACGGCAGACCAGUUGCUAAAAAACUUACCCAGACUUGAGGGACCAGUUAUACGCAAGCAUGACCUUGAAGCUGGUGGUUUGCCAAGAUCUAAAAGCUCUGGUCGUGGCUGGCUACCCCUGUACCUUGUGCUUGAUUCCGGUCAGCUCUAUUUCUACAGGGACUACCGAAGCCGCAGACAGAAGCCGAAUGAGACAUUACGGAACGAAUCUCCCAUAGAUCUUGGCAUGUCACGCGCAUAUGCAGCAACAGAGUAUACUAAGCGCCCUUGUGUGUUUCGUCUAAUCUUGUCAGACGGACGAGGCUACUUGUUUCAGACAGCCAAUGACCGUGCGCUUCAACGGUGGGUGGAUGUACUUAAUAAUUCCGCCCAGGUCAUCGCAACUGCACACGCAACUCGUGCCUCGUUAAGCGGCGGGCCAUCCACAGGGCGCACAGCUCGAAGUAGCAGUCUAAGGUUUGAAUCACCAUCCCCGGCCAAUGGUCGCAGACGUUCAAUCAAGAAUUUAUUCUCUAUGCGACGAAAAACACAGCAGUAACCUGUUAACUGACAUUCCGACCUUCCAAGCCUCCUUAAGACCUUGAAUUGUCAACUUUCAAAAGUGUGCUUUUCGGUAUUUUUCGAUUUUGGAGUAAAUCACUUUCGAACUUCUAUGCAGAUAAACAUGACCGAUGGAUGUAUUAAAGGAACUCAGCGAACGUUUUAUUAACAGUCUGCUGUCCGUCAGUCACAAGCACAAAAGUUGCUAAAAGCCUCUACAGUUCGCUCUGGUAAAACCUACACCAGUGCAGUAGUUCCAGAUCGAUACAGCCACUACAUAUCACUUUGAUACUCUUGUUCAUUUGUAAAAUUCAAUUGCCAUGAUUUACACAGUAUCACUGAGAUGCGCUUGUGAAUAUCCGUUAUGUAAUGUAAUAAUUUCGAUGCAAUCAAAAUUAUAAAUAGUGUGUUUUAUGC